AUGGCGAAGACAAAGGCCAAGCCCGGCACCGUCAAGCACCGCUCGAGCGACACGGACCCGAACUUGCAGGAUGAGGCGAACUCUCAAGUUGUGGCUGAGGUGGCUGAUGGAAACAAGGCUGGAGCCCUGCCUACGACCCCAACUGGACCCAAGAUUCCGAAGAAGAAGAAAGCUGGCGCUGCGAAGGCUAAGAAGAAUGUACAGGCGCAAGGAGACGAUGCUGCAAAGGCUGACAAAAAAAGCCCGGCGAAGAAGAGCCACGCAGUCGCCCCGCCAGCCCCGGUGAAGGCGACCGGCAAGAGCCCAGCCAAGAAAAUCCAAAGCAACACGAUUCCGAAGAGCCCUGCAAAGAAAGUUCAAGGAAAAUCUGCUAUCUCGAAGAGCCCCGCCAAGAAACCUGCAGUGAAGGCAGUCAGCAAUGUUUCGAAAAGCCCGGCCAAACAGUCCAAGGGCAAAGCUGCAAUCUCGAAGAGCCCCGUCAAGAAAACUGUCGCAGCAGCUCUGAAAGGCCCGGCCAAGGUUCAAGGCUCACAUGCCACGCAGCUGCGUCGGCUGAUCAGGCGGGGCCGAAGGCUGGAGAAGCGCACGGCCGACGCUCAUCAUGAACAAGUUAUCAUCCCGAAAAAGAAAGCGAAGGCUGGAACCGUCGUUGCUCAGGCCGAGCAUACACCUGUGAAGGUCACUGCGAAGAAAACUAAGAAGAAGAGGUUGUCGGUGGCCGCUCCGUCGCCUAAAACGCUCGCCAAAGCUGACGAACCGCCGCCGAAGGUUGCCUCGAAGAAGAAGAAGAUGGCUGUCAAGAAACAUACAAUCCUCACGACUCCUACGGGAAAACCCGGACCAAAGUUGUCGGCUGGAAAGUCUCCCGCGAAGUCGCCGAAAAAGAAAGCUAUUGCCAGCCAUCAUGGAACUUCAGCGCCGAUUGCCAAAGCCCCCAGCUCGCCCCAAGCCGCACCAGCCAAGAAGGUA